GGGGGCCGCUGCCCGCUGGCGACGCCGGCCUCGCGGCCCUGCUGGGCCUGCCGCCCGGCGACCUGGCGCGGGCGGCCGCGUCCGUGCGGGGCGCCAGCGGCGCGGAGCGGUCCCCGGCCGCGAUCUACGCCACGAGCUUCGCGGGCUGGCUUCGCAGGAGCCCGCACCAGGUGCUGCUAGCUCUGCUCGCGCUGGCCACCGGGCUGAUCAGUGCAUGGGACGGCCCUGGCGUCUGGCGGGCGCUCUUCACCACGGCCGCCGCGCUGAUCGCCGCAGGCGUGGCGAGAUUCGAGCUCGAGGCCCUGGACCUCGCGCCGGACCAGGCCUCCGAGGUACCCUGCGUGC